AUGCCCCUGGGCCUGAAGCCCACCUGCAGCGUCUGCAAGACCACGUCGUCGUCCAUGUGGAAGAAGAGCCCGCAGGGGGACAUCCUCUGCCUCCACUGCUCGGGCCGGGGCGGCGCGGGCGCGGGCUCCGGGGCCGCCGGCGGGACCGGGGGCGGCGGCGGCGGCGGCGGCGGCGGCGGCGCGGGCCUCGGGGCGGCCACCUUCCCCAGCACCUCGGCCGCCCCUUCGCAGAGCAACGGGGGCGGGGGCGGCAAGCAGCAGAGUAAGCAGGAAAUUCACAGGAGGUCUGCUCGGCUCAGAAACACCAAGUACAAAUCUGCUCCAGCUGCUGAGAAGAAAGUUUCCACCAAAGGAAAAGGGAGAAGACAUAUUUUUAAAUUAAAAAAUCCAAUCAAAGCGCCUGAGUCAGUUUCCACCAUAAUCACUGCAGAAUCAAUCUUCUACAAGGGGGUAUAUUACCAAAUUGGAGAUGUUGUUUCUGUGAUUGAUGAGCAAGAUGGAAAAUCCUACUAUGCUCAGAUCAGGGGUUUUAUCCAGGACCAGUACUGUGAGAAGAGCGCAGCACUGACGUGGCUCAUUCCCACUCUUUCUAGCCCCACGGACCGAUUCGAUCCUGCAUCCUACAUCAUAGGACCAGAGGAGGAUCUUCCCAGGAAGAUGGAAUACUUGGAGUUUGUUUGUCAUGCACCCUCUGAAUAUUUCAAGUCACUUUCAUCACCAUUUCCCACAAUUCCCACCAGACCAGAAAAGGGCUAUAUAUGGACUCAUGUUGGACCUACUCCUGCAAUAACUAUUAAGGAAACAGUUGCCAACCAUUUGUAG